CUCCUCUGGGAUUGGCCUCGCAUUGGCUGUCCAUAUUGCAAAAGAUGAGAAGAAGAGGUUCAUGGAAACAAUCCAUACAGCUCACCAUCAACAGUUUUUAUCUUAAACAUGUUUUAUGGAAGAAAUGGUCCUCCUGGUCUGUUGAUUACCCUGAGCAACUAGUAACCAUGUCGUACUGAUGUAACAGGCAACACCUGAAAGUUGAAAUCUGAGAAAAAUCCACAUUUGCUGCUCCUGGUGGAGAUAAUUUUUGUGAUAGUUUCUCAAAUUCUAUGCCACCAUGAGAAAUCUGAGUAAGGCUGAGCCUCUGGUUGAGGCAGCAGGUCGGACCCUGGGCCGGACCUUGGAGAUCAAGCAGCUGGACGUAUGUGACGAGGCUUCCAUCAAAGCCUGCGUGGACAGUCUGCCUGAGCGCAGGGUAGACAUUCUCAUAAGUAAUGCUGGGAUGGGUCUGAUUGGACCCAUUGAGUGUCAGUCUAUUGAAGAGAUGAAAAGUGUCAUGGACACCAACUUCUUUGGACUUGUGCGAUUAAUGAAGGAAAUCCUGCCCGACAUGAAGAGAAGGAAAAAAGGUCAUAUUGUGGUCAUUAGCAGCGUCAUGGGGAUUCAGGGGAUUUUAUUCAACGAUAUCUACGCAGCAUCUAAGUUUGCACUGGAAGGCUUUUGUGAAAGCCUAGCGAUACAAGCCCUGAGGUUUGGUCUAAACAUCAGCCUGAUAGAGCCAGGUCCAGUGAUAACCGAGUUUGAGCGUAAGGUUUAUGACGAGGGCCUAAAGAUUGAUCUCAGCAAAGCAGACAAAGUGACUGCUGACAUGUUCACAAAUGUCUACUUAAAGAACUACAAACAGAUCUUUGAAACCCUCGGACAGACUCCUGAGGACGUGGCAGAGCACACCCUCAAGAUCCUCAUCAUGGACAAUCCCCCUUUCCGGCACCAGACAAACACUCUCUAUACCCCUAUGACCACACUCAAGUACGCUGACCCAAAUGGUGACCUCCCGAUUGAAACGUUUUACAAAAUGGUGUUUGAACACGACAAGGUCUUCACGGCCAGCCUGAACUUCAUCAAGCUUUUGCAGUGGAGAAGCCGAAAGAGUUUUAAGUUAGAGAAGAGCAACUGAAUCAUGUCAUAUCUUUGUUAUUUUUGUGACAUGGGCAUAUUUGGCUGUUAUUGUCUAGCAGUGUUACCUCCCUGAAAUAAAUAAAGCUAUGAAAUGCCAUGA